CUUCCCUACUUAGUUUUUUCUUCACCAGCACAAAGAACACUUCGACUGCGUGUAUAUAUUUCCGAAUCCUACUGUAUCAUGAAGCCUCAUUUGAUUCUACUGACUGUUUAUAUGUUUAUUAUCACUUAUGCAUCGGCAGCAGUUUCUGAUACAAACAGUCACCUCUGUCAGAGACUGAAAGCGAAAGGGUUGUACAAAAUGUAUUGUUACCAACAUGGCAUCUAUAAUCAAUGCAAGAAGACGUGUUCAGAAUCGUUGAUUCUGGAGAAUAAAUACGUCCAGAACGGUUGUCCAUGGGGGAAUUAUAAAAAUUACGAAGAUGCAAAUAUGGAUUCGAACUGCAAGUCAAAAGUAUCAGCUGGAGGUGGUUGUGACAAGUACUGCAAGAAUCCCUCCAAUGUUGGCGACAAAACAAUAGGGUGGAACUGCUGCCUGGCUUGUGUCGACUCUUGUGGAAAAGCCCCAACACGUGAUGCAACUUUUAACAACGCCUAUCCAGACGUAUUCAAAUCAAAACAAAAGGCCUUGAGGCAACUUUUAUCAGAUCUAAAGAGAGCGACAAAUAUUCUAAAAUAAUCGCUCAAGAUGCCUGUCAUAUUUUAAAUGCACUGGUAUGAUUACAGAGGUCAUAAAGCGAAAUAAAGUUUGAGUCAUAUAAAUACA